CCAAAAUAUUUGAGAAGGUGCAUAGAAAUAAUCAAAAAUGACUCUCUGUUGUCGGAUUUGUUUUGAAGAAAAUCCUAAGAAUUUUUCUCUCUACGAAUGUAUGAGGAAAAAAUAUUUACCUAGUGUUAUUUUUAACAUCAGUGGAGUAAAAGUUUCAAAAAAGUUUGAGCCAGAGGCACACAUUUGCCGACGCUGCGCUGCAUCGAUAUUGGUUGCGGAAAAGAUUAUAUUGCGAUGCCAAGAAUCAGAAGAAUUUGUCCAGUUUCGUCGUUUAAAGGAAAGUUGCUUAUCAAGACAAUCUCCAACUCCGAAGACAGAAAGCUCUAACGUAGAAAGCUAUGGAAAAUACCAGCCUGCUUCCGCUUGUAGUGAUUUGGAAGAAUCAAUACCAUUGGAACCAAAUGGUGAGCAUUUGUUACAAUCUGUCAAGCAACUUCAUAUGAUAAAAAAUGAAAAUCCCAACAAUUCUGAAUGUCUUGGAGACCACGAAAGUCAGUUCUCAGAUAAUUACGAACCAGCAGAAAAACGUUUAAAGAGUAAAAAAGUUACACCAGUGUCCAGCUUUGAUUGCGAUCGAUGUAACUUUACUACCAAGAUAGGUAAACGUUUUAUAGAACACAAACAAAUUGAGCAUGGGGUGUACGAUCCAAAUAUCUAUACAUGUACUAUUUGUUCUGAAAGCUUUUCUUGGAAACCAACACUGUAUAGACAUAUAGAGAUAGACCACAAAAUACUACCUGCAGAUAAAAAACAUUUAUGUAAUGAAUGCGGUCGUGCUUAUAUGCGGGAAGUCCACUUGUUAGAACAUAUAAAGCAGCGGCAUGGACCUCGUAGUUUCAAAUGUCCUGAUCCACUAUGUGAGCAAUCUUUCACUCGAACGUUUACUCUUAGACGUCAUUUCAUCACUACACACACGGAACAAACAAGCUCACGUUAUCAUUGUGUAGAUUGUAACAAAUACUUUAAGGUUUAUGAUCAAUGGAAAUACCAUAAUGAAGUUAUUCACAAAAAUGAAAUUGUAUAUUGUCCACAUUGUGGCUAUCCUUUUCGUUUCAAAGAAAAGCUAGAUGAACAUAUUUUAAAGGAUAAAUGCAAACGUAGUGUUGUGCCAUGCUCCUAUUGCCAAAGACGCUUCACAACAAAAUGUGGAUUGAGAGAGCACGUGCGGAAUAUACAUAACAUCUACUAGUUAAAUACUUGUAUUGAUUGCUUGGAAGCACCGAAAAAAAAUAGCCAUAAUUUCUUUGCUUUAUAUCAAACCAUUAAUAUUUGGCUUUAUACCCAAAAAUAAUAAUAACCAACUGUGAAAAAGGGGCUCACUAAUUUGAAUAUAUGUAAGCCCUUGUACUGAAA